UCCUGACGCCUUGGCCAGAAGAGGGGUGUCGGGGGAGGGCUCUCGGGCAAGGAGGGGCCAGCCCAGCCCCGCACCCCGCGUCUCCCUGCGCCGCCGGCCUCUCUGCCCGCGGCCUCAUGCGCAAUCGCUGCGCUUUGGCUGACGCCUGGCGGCGCAGGGCCUGGGCUGUGGGCAGACAGACCCGCCGCCACCACUGGGGCUCUGGCGUCUCCCGCGGCUAUCACGUGGGUGGACGCGUGGCUUCCCCCACCUACAGAUCUCUGCGGGAAGCUCCGGGAGCCGAGCAGGUAAACCAAGGCAAGAAACAAGGCGUGAGGUGCAAACGGUCCUGCUACAGCCGCUCUGGCGCGUUUUUGUCCCAGGCACCAGUGUUUAGCGGGAAACGUGGCCCACCUUUAGCCUUCCCCGGGGCGGGCGCUCUGGUCCUGCCUCAGUUUACCCCUCCUGGGGCAUGGGGAUAUUGCCAGGAUUUCAAACACAUGCCCGGAUUUUUAGUCGUGCAGAGGUACUGGUCUGUCCCACCUGCAGGCAGGCACCAGCCCCUGCAACUCCGGGGAUCGGUGUAAAAUGCCUUUUAGAUAAGUUUGCUGAAACAGGACGGCACAAAGGGCCCUGUCUGGCGGAUGCCUUGGGACAACCCGAGGGGAGGCACCUUUGUGAGCCGCUUAUGGAGGAAGACUCUGUGGUCUGGGUGGACCCCAGCCCAGGUGGACCCCUGUGGGGAUGGGGAGUGUGGGGGGUCCGUGGUCUCCACAGCCCCCUGGAGGUCGGGUGGCCUGGCAUAGAAGGGAGAAAGGGAGAGUCCAAAGUUAGGGGGGCCGAGGUCACCUGGGUCCCCUAAUCCUGCAGGGACAGUGCCCCUCCUGUAGCCAGAGGAUUUAUUGGAGCAUCUCGACUUCCUCACCAUGUGCAAAUGAGGAACCGGCUCGAAGCGGCCAAAAACAACCUCUGGAAGAUUCGGCCCAGGCCCCGCGCGCGUCCCGCGCCUCCCGUGGCGGCGACCAUGGACAUGAACGCGACGGGCCCGGACAACGCGACGCUGCAGAUGCUGCGCGACCCGGCGGUGGCGGUGGCGCUGCCGGCCGUGUACUCGCUGGUGGCGUUGGUGAGCAUCCCGGGCAACCUGUUCUCGCUGUGGGUGCUGUGCCGGCACAUCGGGCCCAAGUCCCCGUCCGUCAUCUUCAUGAUCAACCUGAGCGUCACGGACCUCAUGCUGGCCGGCGUGCUGCCGUUCCAGAUCCACUACCACGCCAACGGCCACCACUGGGUGUUCGGCGUGCUGCUGUGCAACGUGGUCACCGUGGUCUUCUACGCCAACAUGUACUCCAGCAUCCUGACCAUGACGUGCAUCAGCGUGGAGCGCUUCCUGGGCGUCGUGUACCCGCUGAGCGCCGCGCGCUGGCGCCGCCGCCGCUACGCGCUGGCCGCGUGCGCGGGGGCCUGGCUGCUGCUGAUGGCCGCGCUGUCGCCGCUGGCGCGCACCGACCUCACCUACGCCGUGGGCGACCUGGGCAUCGUCACGUGCUUCGACGUGCUCAAGAGGACCAUGCUGCCCAGCGUGGCCAUGUGGGCCGUGUUCCUCUUCACCAUCUUCGUGCUGCUCUUCCUCAUCCCCUUCGUGGUCACCGUGGCCUGCUACACGGCCACCAUCCUCAAGCUGCUGCGCGCCCGCGGCGGCGAGGGCCACAGCCGCGGGCAGCGGCGGCGCUCCGUGUGCCUGGCCGCCGUGGUGCUGCUGGCCUUCGUCACCUGCUUCGCGCCCAACAACUUCGUGCUGCUGGCGCACAUGGUGAGCCGCCUGUUCUACGGCCGCAGCUACUACCACGUGUACAAGCUCACGCUGUGCCUCAGCUGCCUCAACAACUGCCUGGACCCCUUCGUGUACUACUUCGCGUCGCGCGAGUUCCAGGUGCGCCUGCGCGACUACCUGGGGUACGGCCGCCUGCCCGCCCUGCACGGCCAGGACGCGCGCCGCGACAGCAGCCUCUUCUCGGCCGCGCGGACGCUGUCUGCGCGCUCCGCCGCCACCUGCGCCCCCGACGACGACGACGACAGGCGGGACGUGGCGGCGGCGGCGGGCAGGCCGGGCACCCAGAGGCGCGAGAGCGAGUUUUGAGCCGCCCCACCCAGCGCGGGCGGGUCCCACAGCCGCGCGGGCGCGCGCGCAGGCGGAGACGGGCAGCCACGGGUGCGCGCCCGGAGGUCAGCUGGGGCGCAGCGGGAGACCUGGGCGCCUUUGGAGAGGGCGCGCUUGGGGAGGGCGCGCUUGGGGAGGGCGCCCCGCGCUUCCCAGAGCCGGGGUAGAGAAAGAAGCAAAGCAAAGAAGCCGGCGCGCACCGAUUCGCUUUCCAGGAGAGACGGUGGCCGCGUCGCGUGGGUGUUCCGCGUGGUGUGGACGGCGCCGCUCCGGAUCCACGAGGGGCCCCGCGCGUGUCCCCACUUGGUUCCUGGAUACGCGCGCUAGGCGGCCGCCUGUUUCCUGCCAGCUCCUCGUGGGUGACACAAUUCCUGCAGAAUUGGCACCAGGGAGCCAGCUCCGGUCUGGGGGCGCCAGCAGCUCCGCCCCCAACCCCCGGCCCGCGGGGGCGCAUGCCGCAAUCCACGUGCGCUCUGCUCCCGGCCACCGUGCGCGCUGUGGCUGCCGUUAUCCCAGAGGAACAAGGACACGCUGCUGUUUCGGCUAUGGCGUCCUCGGUGACUCUGCGCGCUCAGGGGUCUCCCCGAAGUCCCCUGGGACCCCCUCCGGCGGCACAGCUGUCGUGGUCGGGCUUAGGGGUGGAUUCCUUUUCUACUUGGGUGCCACUCUUGGGGACCCCCCAGCUGGAAAGGACAUCAGGUGGGGACCCCAGAACCUGCUAUGCUCCUCCCCACACCCCUUGACUGAGAAUGGGAGGCCCAGCUGUGUAGAGGAUGGCUCCGUGAGAUAUGUUGGGGUGCAGCCUGCCUAGAGGGUGUCCCUCCGGCUGUCUCUGCAGCUUGCCUUCUGCACCGGGAGCCUCGACCCACUGCAAGUCACCCCCUCCCCGGGGUCUUUCCACGGUCUGAGGUUGCUUCACCACCAGCUGCCCCUGGCCUGUCCCCGGAGACUGGGGCCUGGCACCCACUGAAGGUGUGGACCCCACACACUUGCAGGACUGCCUGCCUCCCAACCGCGGUGCCUCUGGGGUGGUGUGUGUGGGAGGGGGGGUCUCUGUCUUUUCUCCGGUGCCUGGGACGGGCCUGCACUGGUUUGGGGACAAGAGGAGACCCCCACUCCACUCCCCGGGCCUCUGAGAAGCCAAGACCGCGGGUUCUGAGGAGCUGGGGGUUGGGCUGAAACAGCGGCGGCGUGAGGUUUGCGGCCCUUUGCAGAUCCCAUGGGGAGUUGGAGGCCAGGCUGCUUUGGGGGAGAGAGAGGCCAGGCUGGAGGCUGCCGGGGGAGAGGCGACCGUCAGCCGGGGCAGCUGAAUGUCCAGGAUUCGGUGGCUUCAGGAAGUCUGCCUGCCCCUCCCCUGGGUUUGGGUUGCUGACGGGGGCAGUAAGUUGCUGACUGUGAGAGACCCCUGUGCCCUGCCAUCCGUACUCUGGGGGAAAAACGGAGAUAUGUUGGCUUUGGUGUCUCCCCCCCCAAAAUAAACCUCAGAAUGGGACUGUAUUUGGAAAUAGGGUCUUUAUAGAUGCAAUUAAUUAAGGUGCAGUCAUCGUGCAUUCAGGGUGGGCCAGGAUGCAAAUCCUGGUCCCAAAAGGAGACACAGACGCGGAGGAGAAGCCACGUGGAGGCAGACGGAGGAGGCAGAGGCGGGAGUGAGGCUGCGGCCACAAGCCCAGGGACGCCUGGAGCCCCCGGGAGCCGGGAGAGGCGAGAAGGAGCCUCCCCUGGAGCCCGUGCAGGGAUCUCGGCCCCGAGACUCCCGCGUCCCACACACCGGGGCUCCGGGACUGGGAGGGGACACGUUCCCUGGUGUUAGGUCCCCCGGUUUGUGGAAAUGUGUUUCGGCAGCCCCUGAAAGCGCGUGUGCACGUUUAAGACAUGCUCUGGGGUGCCGGGGUUGCAACACGGCAGGUAGGACAUGCUGGUGUCUGCGUGGGCAAUUCCGGAAGGCUGACCUUGCCUGGCUCGGGGUUCCUCGGAGCUGCUUCCUGUGGGACCCAGUCUCUCAGAGGUGGCCACGUGACUCAGGUGAGGACGAGAAAUCCAGAUGCUCAUGGGGUCGGCCGUUGGUCACUCUCCGAGUAAACGCCGAGCUCGGGAGCCCCCGGUGGAAUCCCAGACCAGGUGGGUGACGUCCUGGCCGGCGGCACCAAAGAGUCCCAAAGCCGAUGGCUUGGCACACGCCGUCACGCCGGCAUUCAUUGUGCAACCGACCCGUAAACCGCACACGGCGACUGCCAUCCUCGUCUUAGCUCCACGUGUGGAAACUGUGAGGUUCCCCGGGGCCUGCGUGCACGGAGGUGGCCCGUGUCCCACCCGGAGCUCCUGCCCCUCAGAGCCAAGACCUCAUGGACAGCGGCGGGAGGAACGUGGGGCUUACACGCAGCCUCGGGCGUCCACGGGUGUGACUCGCUGCGUUUGAGACGACGAUGUCCCUCUCCGGUUCUUCCCUCGCCUGGAAGUCGCUGCCUGUCUCUCCUACCACUCCGCAAAGACCGCUGGCCGGUUCUGUCCACCAUCCCUGCAAACAUGCACGGGCCAGUCCGCUGCGAAGGUGUCCGGGGUCCCCAUGCCAGAGAGCCCGGCGUUGUCUGAUGCUUCCCGCGUCUUCCCGGAAAGACACGGGUCCCCGGGAAACGGGCGCCGCAGAUGGGCUUGUAGACCACUCUCGCAGGCCCGCAGCCUUCUGCAAAAGGCUCCCUCGCCGCUCGGGCUCCUGGAAAUCGAGCUGACGUUCCCGCCUUUGCCUCAGUGGCCUUUGUGGCCGGUGGCGGUUGCAGGCGGACAGCUGGCGUGUCACCCGGCCCAUCCUGAAUGUCCGUGUGUCUCCGGAGACUAACAGCCACCUUGGGGCGAGCUUUCCAAGCCGCCCUGCAGACCCGCCGGGGAAACCUAUCCUCGGGGGCGCAGGGACAUCCCAAAACAUGCAGACCACCGGGGAGACCCGGGAUUUCCGUGGAAGGACACGGGGACGCCGCCGUGGGCUUCUCCUGGCUGUCCCUAGGGCGAAACCUAGAAAGCAAGCUGACGCAGCGGCACCCGGGAUGAGAAACCCCGAGCCAGAAGGGGCCCCGAUGAGCUUGCCUUGCGUUCUCUGUGUGGGCCCCGGGUGUCUCCUGCAAAAAAAAAAAAAAAAAAAAGG